UCCGUUCUGUCUGUUUAUCCUGCUGUGCCACUAACCGCAGUCAGCCGCGAAACUGUUUACUCCGGUACGCACCGAGCAACGAACAUCAUGGCACGGCUUACGGAAGAGAUGGUCAUUGCUCGCUCGAAGCAGUCUGACCUGGCCGCAAUCAAGAAGCUCAACUGUUGGGGUAGUGAACUGAGCGACGUUUCCAUCAUUCGACGCAUGCGUGGGGUAGAAGUGCUUGCUUUCAGCGUUAAUCGAAUCAGUACACUGGCGGAUUUCGAAAACUGUAUAAAUCUACAGGAGUUGUACCUCAGGAAGAACAAUCUAACCGACAUCGAUGAGCUGGUUUAUCUGCAGAAUCUUCCCAAACUGAAAUAUCUGUGGCUAGAGGAGAACCCGCUGGUGGAUAAUGCCGGACCAAGCUAUCGACAGAUAGUGUUACGCGCUUUGCCAAACCUUAAGAAGCUGGAUAAUGUCGAUGUGACGCCGGAGGAGGUAGCCGAAGCGAUGCGGGCGCCGGUCGCUCAACCGCAACGGCACGAGGUGUACGAAAAUCCUUCACCGCCACCACCCCAACAGCAGCAGCAGACACCGCCGGUGUCCCAACAGCAACCGUAUCGUCAGCAGAGUCCUGUCAUAGAGCGAAGCCCUCCGAACAGGGACUGCUAUUCACCACCAUCGACACAGGCACAGCACUCGCAUGCCUCUUCGCACUACAGCACGAACAAUCACCGCGGUUCCUACCAGCAGUACGAUAGAUCACCAGGCUCGGACCAGGACAGCCCGAUGUCGGGUUACCGGGAACGGGUACCAAUUGCACCUAGUAUGUCAACGCACUCGAUGAAGGAAUACUACCAGUCGGAUUAUCAGCGCCAGAAUCCACCUGCCCACUACCGCCACAGCCAGAUGGAUCUAACCGAAUGGGACGAAUCGUCACCGGCCGGACAUCAUCAGAACAAUAACAACAAUGGUGGACAGCAUUCGUCCAACAGUCACCAUCAGCAGCAGCAACAGCACCAUGGUCAAUCAAACUAUCAACAGAAUCGACGAAGCAUCGCGGGCAGUACUGUGAACGAACGGGAACUGUACCAGUAUCGGAAUGGCAAUGGGAAGGGUCCUGAAGCGCGCGACGAAUGGGAGGAUGUCGAUCGGCGAAGGAAUGAAAAUAGGAGAUCCGACUCUCGGUUCAACGAUAGUGCAAGCGUCAUCUCCAAUGCACUGCUGAACCAUUUUGCCGGUGUUCAUCGGAGGCCUGUCAGUAGAAACUCGAAUCUACUUUCGGCCACCCUCUGUCUGGUGAAGGAACUCGACUAUCCAAGCCUCGAAGUAGUGGAGCAUGCGGUACGAUGUCGUAUCGAUGAGUUGGCCGAGUAA